CAUAACAAAAAUCAUGCGAAAAAUGUAAUAUUUACACAAAUAAACACCAAACAAAAUCUUAUAUCAAUAUGUAUACUUCACAACGAAAACGCUGCAUUAGGGCGACGACGUUUCCAAACACCACAAGCCAGAAAAUGUUUACAAAAACAAUAUUUAUAUUAUUAAUUUCGGUGCUAAAUGUUUGUGGUCUAGGCGUGUAUGAAAAUGGGUUAAAUUUUGAAGUUACAACGAAGCCACACAAUGAAGAGAUACCAUCGGGCAUAUGUCAAGUCUAUUAUGGUACAAUAUGUGAGAAAUUCUUAAAGAACCAAAAUGUCUUUGUACCACCAAAUCUUUCACUCAACGAAAUCGAAGAACGUUUGAAGGCGGCCUAUGGUGUCAUAAAGGAAUCAAAGGAUAUGAAUCCAAAUUGUCGCGUUUACGCACUGCCCAGCCUCUGUUUCAGUUCACUGCCACUCUGCCGUACACCAGAACGCACAAAUUUACUUUAUUUCUCAAAUCGUGCCGCACAAAAAGAACGCAGCAAAUCAAAAAAAUCUAACUCCACACAUGAUACAACGAGUGCGAGUACAGAAAAUCAUAUCACCGGUUAUCGCCGGCCACGUUUUCUCGAUAAAAAUUUAAAAGAUCGUCGUUCCUUUUUAAAGCGUAAAUCAACCCUAGCCUAUGACGAUGUGUUCUCUGCUGAAAUCUCAAGUCGUUAUCCGCCAACAAGAGAAUCCGAAAAUCUACGCCGAAUAUGCCGUGACGAAUGUGAAUUGUUAGAGAAUGAAUUGUGUCAAAAGGAGUAUGCCAUUGCUAAACGUCAUCCAGUGUUGGGUCAAAAAUUACCCUUGGAAGAAUGUCAAAGUUUACCACGUCACGAUGAUUGUGCAUCGUUGGGCAUUACAAUCGAUGUGAAUCCCGAACAAGAUUGUUAUUGGGAGAAUGGUGCUGGGUAUCGUGGUACUUUGGCGGUAUCAGGCACGGGUAAGCAAUGUUUACGUUGGUCUUCGUUAAUGAAGGAGAUCUCCGAUUAUCCGGAAUUGGCGGGCCAAAAUUAUUGCAGAAACCCUGGCAAUGUUGAAGAACGUCCGUGGUGUUUUGUGGAUGAUAAGUCAUUUGAAAAAAUUAUCGAAUUAUGUGAAAUACCAAAAUGUGCGGAUAAAAUGUGGUUUUAUAUCUUUGUCACAAUUGGUACCGUAAUUGGCUGCGUUAUUUUCUAUAUUGUAUAUGUUUGUAUGAAAAGGCGUCGCAAUGGUGGCAUGACAAACAUCCAAAAUAUCAAUACACCAAAUGCGGAUAAAAAUAUCUAUGGAAAUUCCCAAGUCAACUCAUCGUUGGAAAUGACACGCUUAAAUAGUAAUAAUACAAAUAAUGAACAACAAUCAAUGUUUUCACAAAAUUUGGAACGAAGUUCACUACUCAGAGUACCACAAUAUACACUACAGGAUUUGGAAUUCGUUGAGGAAUUGGGGGAGGGUGCAUUUGGUAAAGUGUAUAAGGGUCAAUUGACCCAAGUGAGUGGUGAGAAAAUAUUUGUUGCAGUCAAAGCAUUAAAAGAGAAUGCAUCACUCAAAACACAACAAGAUUUUCGACGAGAAAUCGAAUUAAUAUCCGAUUUGAAACAUGAUAAUAUUGUUUGCAUUUUGGGUGUGGUGCUAAAUAAGGAACCAUAUUGUAUGCUCUUUGAGUAUAUGUCCAAUGGUGAUCUACAUGAAUUUCUUAUUGCUAAUUCACCAAGUGAAAAUAAAUCACUUACACAAUUGGAUUUCCUGAAGAUCUCACUGCAGAUUAGCGAAGGCAUGGAGUAUUUAUCGAAUCAUCAUUAUGUACAUCGCGAUUUGGCGGCAAGGAAUUGUUUGGUUGGAGAUAAAUUGACAGUAAAAAUAUCAGAUUUUGGUCUAUCAAGAGAUAUUUAUAGCUCUGAUUAUUACAGAGUACAAUCAAAAUCGCUUUUGCCAGUUCGAUGGAUGCCAUCUGAAUCGAUUUUAUAUGGCAAAUUUACCACCGAGAGUGAUGUUUGGUCUUUCGGUGUUGUAUUAUGGGAAAUUUAUAGUUAUGGCAUGCAGCCUUACUAUGGUCACAGUAAUCAAGAGGUUAUAAAUUUGGUACGUUCAAGACAAUUACUAUCCUGUCCAGAAGCGUGCCCUACAGCUGUUUAUUCCCUUAUGAUUGAAUGCUGGCAUGAACAAUCUGUGCGGCGACCAUCCUUCUCAGAGAUAGCACAUCGUUUGAAGGUGUGGUAUCAAGGACAAUUGAAAUUGAAUUCCACGCCGACACUAACAAUUAAAUCUUCCCCGAAUACUUGAGAUUUACUAAUUUAACAAUACAUUUAUACAAACAAAAAA